AGUCAAAACCCUUUCUCAAACUUCUAUUCUGAGCUGUGUGAGCUCUUCCUGCUCUCCUGCUAGUGCACUGAUCACAGUCUUUCUCUUUUUUCCCAUCACUCUUUGCUGAACGUCCUUCAUCAUGUAUUCUCCUCUACCCCUGUAGGCUCUCCCUGCUACUGUGGAGCAACAUGGCAGCGGGGAGGUGUUUGAGGAGGGGGAACACGCUCCCAGCAGUCGCUCCUCAGAGAGUGGCUUCACAGACUUCGUGCAGUAUCAGGGACAUGCCCCCGAAGACACAGAAGGAACCCCUCAGCCCCAACCAGCACUCAGAACGGGCCGUCGCUCCUCAGGCCCGUCUCAGACCAAACCUCUGGACAAACCAGUGAUGCAGUGCUGCCUGGAGCACUUCCAGCAGUUCCUAUCCCGCCUCAUCACCUUGUACAUCACCCCUGGUCAGGGGGACCGGGCUGAGGGAAGCGUGGUUGUGCAGUCGGGGCCUGUGGUUUCAAAUGUAUCCCAGCACAGUGACCAUGUGGAGUCCUGCCCAGAAUCAGCGUUGGUCCAGAGGGAGUGUGUCGCUGCCUUCACUGCCGCCUGCCAGCUCUUUCUAGAAUGCUCCAGUUUCCCUGUCUACAUCGCAGAGGGCAACCUCAAGUCUUCACCCACACAGGAAGAGCAGAUUGACAGUGAGCAGGUGCGUCCACCAGACUGGCUGCAGACCCUGAUGGAUGCCUGCUGCCUGGCCGGGGACUUCAGCCUGCAGGGCGUGGCCAUCUCCCUGCUCAUGGACCUCGUUGGGCUCACCCAGUCUGUAGCCAUGGUGACUGCGGAGAGCGUGGCAUCCGGUGGCAGCUCGGAGCCCGCCCAGCCCAUGAGCCCCAGCCAGGGUCGAGUAGCCGUGGUCAUCAGGCCUCCACUCACUCAGGGAAUCUUAAAAUACAUCGCUGAUAAAACAGUCUUCUUCAAGAGUGUGGCUCUGAUCCUAUGGGACCAGCUGAGUGAAGAAACACCUCAGCACCAUCAACGCAGCGUGGAACUCUUCUACCAGCUCCACAACCUGGUGCCUUCCUCCAGCAUCUGUGAGGACGUCAUCAGCCAAAAGCUCAUGCACAGAGACAAGGUUCGUUCAGAAAACACUUAACAUCCCGGGAAACAU